AUGCCAAGCGGAAAAGUAGACAAACCCGUGAUUGAAGACAAUCGUGAUGGAACCGUCAGCAUUAAUUACGGACCAAAAGAAGAAGGUCUUCAUGAACUUCAUAUUAAGUACAAUGGCGAACACGUUCAAGGAUCUCCGUUUAAAUUUCACGUCGAUUCUAUCGCUAGCGGAUACGUAACCGCUUACGGUCCUGGAUUAUCUCAUGGAGUCUGCGGAGAACCAUCCAACUUUACAAUUUACACGAAAGGUGCAGGAGCCGGAGGAUUGGCUAUGUCCGUUGAAGGACCCAGUAAAGCGGAAAUUUCGUGUCACGAUAAUAAAGAUGAUACCGUAUCCGUGUCGUAUUUACCCACCGCACCGGGAGAAUAUAAAAUAUCCGUUAAAUUUGGAGACAAGCACAUCAAAGGAAGUCCCUACAGUGCUAAAAUUACAGGCGAGGGAAGAAAACGUAAUCAAAUAUCCGUCGGAUCUUGCAGUGAAUUUUCAAUUCCUGGAAAAUGCACAGAUUCUGAGCUUCGUACUCUCAACGCUUCUAUUCAAGCUCCGAGCGGUUUGGAAGAACCUUGUUUUUUGAAAAAAAUGCCCAAUGGAACGCUCGGAAUAUCGUUCACGCCCAGAGAAGUUGGAGAACAUCAAGUCUCUGUUAAGAGAAUGGGAAAUCAUAUAACAAAUUCACCAUUUAAAAUUAGCGUUGGUGCCAAAGAAGUUGGAGAUGCUAAAAAAGUCAAAGUGACCGGUUCUCUUAAGGAGGGAGUCACUCACAAAGAUAAUGUUUUUACCGUCGAUACUAAAAAUGCUGGUUACGGUGGUUUGUCGUUAUCAAUUGAAGGUCCAAGCAAAGCAGAAAUUUCUUGCAAGGAUAACGAAGAUGGAACUUUGAAAAUUGCUUACAAACCGACAGAACCUGGUUAUUACAUCGUAAACCUUAAAUUCGCUGACCAUCAUGUCGACGGGUCUCCUUUCACCGUAAAGGUAUCUGGAGAAGGAUCUAACAGAGUUAGAGAAAAAAUUCAAAGGCAAAGGGAAGCUGUUCCAAUCACGGAAGUAGGAAGCAAAUGCAAGUUGACAUUUAAAAUGCCUGGAAUAACAGCUUUUGAUUUAUCUUCAAGUGUUACAUCUCCCGGCGGUGUGACGGAAGACGCUGAAAUCAAUGAAGUAGAAGAUGGCCUAUAUGCUGUUCAUUUUGUUCCGAAAGAAUUGGGAGUUCAUACUGUUUGUGUUAAAUACAAAGACAUUCAUAUACCUGGAUCUCCUUUCCAAUUUACCGUCGGUCCGUUAAAAGACGGAGGUGCGCACAGAGUUCACGCUGGAGGACCUGGAUUAGAACGCGGAGAACAAGGAGAGGCCUGUGAAUUUAAUGUUUGGACUCGGGAAGCUGGUGCUGGAUCUUUGGCUAUUUCAGUCGAAGGACCGAGCAAAGCGGAAAUAGAUUUCAAGGAUAGAAAAGAUGGAUCUUGUUAUGUCAGUUACAAAGUUGGAACUCCAGGGGAAUAUAGAGUCGGUAUCAAAUUUAACGAUCAACACAUCCCGGACUCUCCUUAUAAAGUAUACAUAUCACCUGCGAUGGGAGACGCUCAUAAACUGGAAGUUGCUCAAUUCCCGGAAUCCGGAGUCAGGGCAAAUCACCCAUCGAACUUUCUCGUACGGAAAAACGGAGCUAAAGGAGAACUGGAUUGCAAGAUAAUUUCUCCGAGUGGAAUCGAAGAUGAUUGUUUCAUUCAGUCGAUUGAUUCGGAUACCUAUUCAGUCAGAUUCAUGCCGAGAGAAAACGGAAUUCACAACAUUCAUUGUAAAUUUAACGGAGUUCAUAUUCCAGGAUCUCCAUUCCGCAUAAAAGUAGGAAAGGAAGAUGCUGAUCCUGCUGCCGUCAGAGCUACCGGAAAUGGCCUUACGAAAAUUAAAACAGGAACAAAAACAGAUUUUAUAAUAGACACUUGCAACGCCGGUGCCGGAACUUUAGCCGUUCAAAUUGACGGUCCGUCAAAAGUUUCGAUGGAUUGUACCGAAGCUGAAGAAGGUUACAAAGUUCGUUACACGCCUUUGAUGCACGGAGACUACUUUGUCAGCAUUAAGUAUAAUGGCUAUCAUAUCGUAGGUUCUCCUUUUAAAGUUAGCUGCACAGGUGAAGAUUUGGCUGAGCGAGGUCCACAGGAAACUUCAUCUGUCGUCGUUGAAACAGUUCAUAAAGUCGCUAAAAGCAAAGGACAACAAGGUCCAACAAUGCCGAAAUUUAAAUCUGAUGCUUCAAAAGUAACCAGCAAGGGUAUGGGUCUUAAGAAAGCAUAUUUAGGAAAACAAAAUAAUUUUACCGUCAACUGUGGAGAUGCCGGUAAUAACAUAUUGUACGUAGGAGUUUAUGGACCAAAAGGACCUUGCGAAGAAGUUUUUAUAAAACAUACGGGACGUAACAAUUAUCAAGUUGGAUAUUUAGUCAAAGAAAGAGGAGACUACCUUGUCAUCGUCAAAUGGGGAGACGAUCAUAUUAGAGGUUCACCAUUUAAAGUGGAUGUUUGA